AUGACGAUUUCUGCGGAAUUGCGGACGGCGGCGCGCGCGGCGUACCGCGACCUCUGGCGCGCGUCAUCGAGGACGUUUGCUGGUGCGUGUCGUUACUUUUUCUUCGCCUUCCGUGCCAAGAUGCGCGACGACGCAACGAAGGCCCUCGCUGUCCCCGUACCCGGCGCCUUCGAGGAGCACGUCAAGCUAACUCGCGACCUCGCCGUCUUCCUGCGUCGCAACAUCAUCCAGGGCCAGCAGACCGGCGAGAACUCCUGGCGCCUCCGCGUCACCGAGGACACCGAACUCGGCGACAACGACUCCGUCAAGCAGCCCAAGGACGCCAUCCCGAUGAACAAUCGCCGAGCCCGCAAGCAGGAGAAGCAGCAAGCCGCUGGUGACCCCCACCCCGCCUCCAAACCCCCCAUAUACUUCUCCCAGCUCAAGCGCGCCGUCAACGGCCGGAAGGUGCCCGAGCUGCGCGAGGAGGAUCUGGAGGAGUCCUUCGUGCGCGGUAGUGGUCCCGGCGGCCAAGCUAUCAACAAAACCGCAAACAACGUCCAACUCGUCCACAAGCCAACCGGCAUCCGUGUCGUCUGCCAGGAGACCCGCUCACUCGAACAGAAUCGCAAGCGUGCCAGAAAGAUCAUGAUUGCGAAGCUAGACCAACUAUACAACCCUGGUAUCUCGAAGGAGGAUCUGCAACGAGCCAAGAUGCGCGAGCGCGAGCGUCGCCGGCGCAAGAAGGCCAAGAAGAGGGCAAAGGACCGGGCAGUCGAUGCAGAUGACGACUAGACAACCUGUACUUCAUUCCCAUUUUCUAAUGCAACCACGUCUCGCUCCACUGGCCU